AAUCAAUCUUCAGUUGUCACAUGUAAUUGGCUCUGAGGCGGGACAUUUAUUGAAUGAACAGCGGAAGUCGGGGUUCACAGUGAGGCUGCAAUUUGACAGGUUUGAACACAGAGUUAAGGACUUUGUGAAUUCAAUAAAAAAGAGCACACUGCUUGUGAACCAGCAUGGUUGAUUCUCAGUACUACCUCCCCAAUGACAUUGGGAUCUCGGUUCUGGACUGUGCGGAGGCUUUCCGGCUGCUGUCAACUAAAGAGAAGCUCUAUGCACAUUAUAUCUCACGGGCAGCUUGGUAUGGUGGUCUGGUGGUUUUGCUACAGACCUCACCAGAAUCUCCACCCGUCUACGUGCUCCUGCAGAAGAUCUUCAGGAAACAGACUCCUGCACAGCUGGAUGCAGUGGCGGCUUCAGUGGGCCUGAGCUCAGAUGAAUACCAGGCAUUUCUUGUCUAUGCUGCUGGGCUUUAUGCAAACAUGGGAAACUACAAAUCAUUUGGUGACACGAAGUUCAUCCCCAAUUUGCCUAAGGAGAAGUUUAAGGCGCUAGUAUGGGAAAGCCAGGCCUAUAACGAGAACCCUGCUGAGAUUGAGGCUCUGUGGAACAGCUGCUCUCAUCUCCUCUACUCCCUGGAAGACAAGCAGAAACAGCUUGGACUCGGGGAUGAAGGGAUCUCCACAUACUUCUCAGGAAACUGCUGUUUAGAGGAUGCAGAGUUGGCACAGAAAUUCCUGGACUCCAAGAACCUGAGUGCCUACAACACACGUUUGUUUAAGAAGGAGUCAGAAGGGAAACGCUGCUACGAGGUGCGUCUUGCGUCUGCAGUGAAGAAAGAUUGUGCAGUUGAGGGAGAGGGUGAGACUUCCUGUGGCACCUAUGACUUUGAAGAUGCUGUAUUUUCUGUUCAGAGAGGAGACUAUGCAUAUCUUAUGGAGAAAGUCAGCCAAAACCUGGAAAAAGCUAAGGCGUAUGCUGCUAAUGAGAAUCAGAGUCAAAUGAUUGAGGAGUAUAUAAGAAGUUUCACCUAUGGGUCUGUGGACGCUCAUAAAGAAGGAUCUCGUUUCUGGAUAAAAGACAAGGGUCCAAUUGUAGAGAGUUACAUUGGCUUCAUUGAGAGCUACAGAGAUCCAUUUGGUUCCAGAGGCGAGUUUGAAGGUUUCGUUGCUGUGGUGAAUAAGGCGAUGAGUGCUCGAUUUGCACAGCUGGUGAGCUCAGCAGAAGUGUUGCUGCCCGAGUUGCCGUGGCCUGCUGCAUUCGAGAAGGAUCGCUUCCUCAAACCUGAUUUCACCUCGUUGGAUGUGCUCACCUUCGCUGGCAGUGGCAUCCCAGCAGGAAUCAACAUUCCAAACUAUGAUGAUAUUAGACAAACGGAAGGCUUUAAGAACGUCUCCCUUGGAAAUGUGCUGGCUGUGGCCUAUGCAACACAAAAGGAAAAACUCACUUUUUUGGAGGAAAAAGACAAAGAUCUCUACAUCAAGUGGAAAGGCCCUUCUUUUGAGGUACAGGUUGGACUGCAUGAGCUUCUGGGGCAUGGCAGUGGCAAACUUUUUAAACAGGACGAUAAGGGAAAAUUCAACUUUGAUCAGACCGAGGUCCGUAAUCCAGAGACAGGGGAAUUGAUUUCCAGCUGGUACAAAGGAAGUGAGACCUGGGACAGCAAGUUCUCCACCAUCGCUUCGUCAUAUGAAGAGUGUAGGGCAGAGUGUGUGGGGCUCUACCUCUGUCUGAACAAACAGGUGCUGAGCAUCUUUGGCCAUGAAGGUGAAGCAGCAGAGGAGGUUGUGUAUGUCAACUGGUUGACCAUGGUCCGUUCUGGUCUUCUAGGCCUGGAGUUUUACACGCCAGAGAGCAAGAGCUGGAGACAGGCUCAUAUGCAGGCUCGUUUUGUUAUCCUGCGUGUGCUGCUGGAAGCAGGAGAGGGUUUAGUGACCUUGAGUGAGACCACAGGGGCAGACGGCCAACCUGAUGCCCUCAUCACUCUGGACCGCAGUAAGAUUUACACAGUGGGAAAGACUGCCAUCCAGAAGUUCCUCUGUAGUCUACAGGUGCACAAGUCCACGGCUGACGUGGAGGGAGGCCGAGCUUUGUACGACCGCUACUCUGCAGUGACCGCUGAUGGUGCUCACAAUUUCCUGCGACUCCGCACGACGGUGCUUCUUCGCAAGGAAGCUCGCAAGAUGUUUGUCCAGGCUAAUAGUCGAGUCAAAGAUGAAACGGUAGAACUGGAAGAGUAUGAGGCGAGUGCUGCAGGACUGAUCCAGUCUUUUACCCAGCGCUUCACUGAGGAUGCUGAGGAACUGGAGGCUCAGUUGCUGGAAAUGGCCUCCAGAGAUGCAACCUACUGGUGCUGAGGAGAGCACUUCAACCUGAGAGCCAGUCUGCUCUAAACCUGCAGAUACAAACUGCUUUAGAGAAAGAAAUGAUCAAAUAAGAUAGAAAGAGGGCUCCCUGGAAGUGAUUGUAGGAAAUGGCCUAAAAAAAAAAUGCACCAGAUAAAUCAUAAAUUUUGCUGCAUACACAUGCACAGUGUUUAAAGCUUUGCUUGUUCUUCUGCACACAAUGUAACAGUUAACUUACUUUUUCCUCUCAGCUCUGUGUUCACCAAUGUCAGUAAGUCAGGUUUUUUAUUUAGAAUAUGCAAUCACUCCUCUGUAUUUGAGAUGGGACCACAGCCUCCGCUUCCCACACAGAUGGAUAUGUGUUAAAGCAUCGGUGAGAGAAAAUGUGCUGUGUGAGGGCGGCGUGGGAGAAGCACUUAUGUAAUCUAAACCUGUUGCACUUCUGUGAACGUUUUAACAAAUACACUCUGCGUAAUCAUCUUUAUGUACUGAUCAGCAAUACAUCGUAUAAUCAACUGACUAGUUAAACUGUAAGUUUACUGGGAUGCUUUCUCAGAAACCAUUGAUUUUUCUUGAAAUCAUUUAGUAUAAAAGAAGACUAAGUGUUUGCUGAUGACGGACGUGUUCCCUACCAAAUAAAUGACAGUCAUUUUUCA